CACCCACUUCCGCUUCCGCUUCAGUUUUAACUGGCGACUCUAUGGUUUCGGGAGCGGUACAUUCUGGGAAGGUGGAGGACUAAUGGAGCGCCUGGCCUAACGAAGCAGAGCUGGGACUAAAGGAAGGAAGGAAGCCAGGCAGGAUUCAAUCUCCAUCCAUGAUGCGCAUUUGAUCCCAAGCUAUUAAGGAUGACGACUGCGGCGAGACCAACAUUUGAACCUGCAAGAGGAGGCAGAGGGAAAGGAGAGGGCGACUUGAGUCAGCUCUCCAAACAGUAUUCCAGCAGAGAUCUUCCUUCUCAUACUAAAAUCAAAUACAGACAAACAACUCAGGAUGCCCCUGAAGAGGUGCGCAACCGUGACUUCAGGAGGGAACUGGAGGAGCGUGAACGAGUUGCUGUGAGAGAGAAGAACAGAGACAGACCAGCACGAGAGCAUACAACAUCAUCUUCAGUGUCUAAGAAGCCCCGAUUAGAUCAGAUACCAGCAGCUAACUUGGAUGCAGAUGAUCCACUGACUGAUGAGGAUGACGAAGAUGAAGACUAUGAUGAAGAGAGUGAUGAUGAUACAGCUGCUCUUUUAGCUGAACUAGAAAAGAUUAAAAAGGAACGUGCCGAAGAGCAGGCUCGAAAGGAACAAGAACAAAAGGCUGAAGAGGAGAGGAUACGGAUGGAAAACAUCCUCAGUGGCAACCCUUUGUUGAAUCUUACUGGCCCUGUGCAGCCUCAGGCAAAUUUCAAAGUAAAAAGAAGAUGGGAUGAUGAUGUUGUCUUCAAGAACUGUGCAAAGGGGGUUGAUGAGAUGAAAAAGGAUAAAAGGUUUGUCAACGACACACUGAGGUCUGAAUUUCACAAAAAGUUUAUGGAAAAAUACAUCAAGUAGACCAUCCUUUUAAAAAACAAAUUCUGUGUUGCUAAUAGACUGAAUGAUCCAUCUGAAAAAAGUUCUGGUUUAAAGUGAGACUUCGUCAUCAAGUAGCAACUUUAGCCCAAGGUCAUUCAUGCUUUUUUAACUUAAUUCAUCAUCUGGAAUAUUUUUUUGGUUUUUCUUAUUUCAACUAGGCCAGCUUAUUUCCCAAGAAUGUUUUUUUUUCCUUAUUGUUAUCAAUUUGUUUUUCAUGCCAUUUCUGUAAAUGUUUUGAAAAUAAUUUGCAAUAAAUUCUUCACACUGAA